AUGUCGCUCGACCUGGACUGGAAUCUGUUGGACGACCAACUAUCCGACCGGUUCUUGGAGACCAUCAACCGCGCUCUCGAGGCAUCGGCCUCGAAACGACCUUCUUUCAUUGGCGAUAUUCAGUUUGAGAAGCUUGACUUUGGCUCUGACUCGCCAGAUGUAGCCAUCCGCUCGAUCACAGAUAUCUGGCCUGAUUUCGUCUCGAUCGACGAGCCACCCCUACGUCGACGCGGAGCGAGACAAACAACACCAGCAAGCAAUGCUACUACGCUGGUGGAGUCCCCCACAGACUCGUUUGGCGUGCACCAUGGCGGAGUUGGCGAAAUACCACUGAGGACAUAUACGCAGUUUGACGAUGCCGCCCCACCUAAUAGAAUUCACGGCCCACCGAGUGUUGUGUCAGCAAGCGUGGCGGGCAGCGGACCCAUGACACCGGCAGCAGCAGCUGGUGUUGCAAAUGUGUUCUCCCAGCAAUGGUCGACCGCUUUGGCGUCACGAGGGAUUCGUGCAGCUGGUAUGGGUAGUGCCACAUCCUUGCCACAGACGCAAGUGACCAGCCCGGUAGAUUCUGUACCGCCAUCUCCCGGCUACUUUCAGCAUUGGCAGCAGCACCAACAACUUGCAACAACUGGUUUCGUACCAUACUCGGUAAUCAACUCGAGACAGACGAGCCUGGACGCAUCCUCUUUGCGAGGCGGUGGAUCCGGUCCGCAAAGUAGCGUCAGUCAGAUCGGAGUCAAGCGCGACAGUAACAGCCUACAUCCACCUCUUGGCGGCACGUACGCCAACGGCCUUGGACCUCGAGCUUCAAUGCGAGCGACAUCUGCACCAUCAUUCCGUUCGAUCUCUGGUCAAAAUUCACCUGGUGAGGAGCGCGAAGCUGUCGCAUCUCCAUCGUCCGCCUCACAGUUGCCAUCGUUGCAGAUGCGACUCUCGCUCGUCUGGCCUACCACCACUUUCCGUCUGACUAUCACCACGAGUCUUCUGAUCAACUAUCCCAGCGCGGCGUUUAUGUCGCUGCCACUAACGCUGUCUGUGACAGGCUUCAUGAUGCGAUGCGGCGUCAUUGUCGCGCUGGAAGGCGAGCAUCAGCGCGCGCACGUCUGUCUCGUGCAGGAACAAGACGACGAGCGAGAUCCUGCGUUUGUCUCGGCUGGGCAAGCAGCAGCAGGCUCUGAAAAGAAACUCAAUAGCGCCGGCAUCAACAUCUUGCCCCAGCUAACGUUCGAGAGCGAAGUAGGCCAACAUGAAAAGCAUGUCCUGAAGAAUGUGGGUAAAGUGGAAAAAUUCAUCGCCGAGGUGAUACGCAAGGGACUAGAGGAUGAAUUGGUGUAUCCGAACUACUACACCAUUGAUCUGCCCGCUUCAAAGCGUCACUCUUUAUGA